AUGAAGGUUGCUCUUGGCGUUGCAAAGGGACUUGCAUAUCUUCACAGCCCAGAAGCAAAAGUCAUAUAUCGCGUUUUCAAAUCCUCUAAUAUCCUGCUUGAUUCUGACUUCAAUGUAAAGCUUUCUAUUUCAGAGUCGACCAAGGUUAAUGAUGAAUUUCAUAUCAUUGGUUAUUUACCUCCUGAUCUCUGCUUAUGUAAUGGUAAGGAAGUGGCAUAUGCACCUCCUGAGCUUGUAAUCACAGGCUGGUCAACUACUAAAAGUGACACAUUUGGUUUUGGGAUUGUUCUCCUGGAGAUUUUGACUGGCCAAGAAGCAUUUGGGUAUUGCAAAUUUGUUGAAUUGGUAAAGCCUUACAUGGCCAGCAAAGGCAAAACUGUGGGUGUAAUUGAUCCUAGCAUCGAAGGCCAGUACUGUGUAGGUGCAGCACUAAGAGCAGCUACAAUUGCUAUGCAUUGCCUCCGACCAAAUUCCAAGUUGAGGCCAAACAUGAAUCAAGUGGUGAAUGCUUUGGAGAAGCUUCAGGAGCCUCACACAACAUCAUCAUUCCACCAGGUAGGAGAUGGAGCCACAAUAGAAAGGUGACUAGCAUCCCUCUUACUAAAUAUUAGCUGUUGGAACUUGUAUUGAAGCUAAAGUCGCGCUAUCUACUUGUCAGUAGCGAUUGGAACUAACAUUACUCUUAAUAUAUUUAUUAUACAAUUAUGUCCUUGAUAGUGGGUUCAAUUCCAUUUAUUCCAAGGGGUUGACUCGGAUGGUGAAGUUUCUUAGAAUUUAGUGCCUCGUGAAGCAUUAAGUCUCGAAUCCAAAUCCUUUCGAGUGCGAUCAAUUCUUCAGGGGCCAUAAUCACUGACAUAAUUCGAGCUUUACCCAUUUGUGUGCAGGAGUAGAGUUGCAUGACUUCCGUGAAUUAGUCGGAACACCCCAUUAUCGGGAAAAAAAAAAAAAAAAAAAAAAAAAAAUUCCUUUGGGACAUAUUCAUUUUAAUAUAAAACGUAUUAGUGAAAUCAUGAUCCUCUAAUUAAUUAGCACAAGCAAGCCA